GUCUGGAAAAAGUGUUCAGUAUUGAAACAGAACGGGGCUUCAGUAACAGAUAAACAAAAUGGGGAAGCGUCAGCAUCAAAAAGAUAAAAUGUACAUCACUUGUACAGAAUACACAAACUUCUAUGGAGGAAAGAGACCAGAUAUUCCAAAAUCAAAUUUCAGACGCCUGUCGUUUGAUCACUGCAGUUUGUCCUUACAGCCCUUUGAAUAUCCUGUUUGCACACCGGAUGGAAUAGUCUUUGAUUUGCUGAGCAUCAUCCCUUGGAUAAAGAAAUAUGGCACCAACCCAAUCACGGGCGAGAAGCUUGAGGCCAAGUCUCUAAUAAAACUGAAUUUUGCCAAGAACCAAGAUGGCAAGUAUCACUGUCCCGUGCUCUUCUCUGUUUUCACCAACAACUCCCAUAUUGUGGCUGUGAACAAAACUGGAAAUGUCUUUUCUUAUGAGGCUGUUGAGCAACUGAACAUUAAAUCAAAGAGCUACAAGGACCUUCUCACUGAUGAACCUUUCACCCGCCAGGACAUAAUAACUCUCCAGGACCCCAACCAGCUGGACAAAUUCAAUGUCUCAAAUUUCCACCAUGUCAAGAACAAUUUGAAAGUAACAGAUCCAGAUGAGGAAAAGGCACGUCAGGACCCAUCAUAUUACCUGAAAAAUGCAAACAUGGAAACUCGGGAAACUCUGAGUGAGCUUUACAGAGACUUUAAAGGGGAUGAAAUGUUGGCAGCCACUAUGAAAGGCCCGGAGAAAAAAACAACAGAUAAACUCAAUGCAGCUCAUUAUUCUACGGGAGCUGUGAGUGCAUCCUUCACCUCCACAGCAAUGACUCCUGAGACUACUCAUGAAGCUGCUGCUAUUGCUGAAGACACCGUGCGUUAUCAAUAUGUAAAGAAGAAAGGUUAUGUUCGCUUGCACACUAAUAAAGGUGACCUCAACUUGGAGUUGUAUUGUGACAAGACUCCCAAGACAUGUGAGAAUUUUGUCAAGCUGUGUAAAAAGAAUUACUACGAUGGUACAAUCUUUCACCGCUCCAUCCGUAACUUUGUGAUCCAAGGAGGGGACCCCACAGGCACAGGAACAGGAGGAGAGUCAUUUUGGGGAAAACCCUUCAAAGAUGAACUUAAGCCCAACUUAUCACACACAGGGAGAGGAGUUCUUAGCAUGGCUAACACAGGACCCAACACUAACAAAUCCCAGUUUUUCAUUACCUUCCGAUCUUGUACCUAUCUAGAUAGGAAGCACACAGUGUUUGGGAGAGUGGUUGGGGGAUUUGAUACCCUGACUGCUAUGGAGAAUGUUGACACUGAUACAAAAACCGACCGUCCUAAGGAGGAGAUUCGCAUAGAAAGUAGCACAGUGUUUGUGGAUCCCUAUGAUGAGGCUGAUGCUCAGGUGGCUGCUGAAAGGGAAAAGACUCGGAAAGCAGAAGAAGAAGAAAAAAUGAAGGCAAAAGCUCUGCUACCAAAAAAGGAACAGAGCCAGGAACCCAAAGCCUACAGGAAAGGAGUUGGGAAGUAUAUUAACAUGGCAGCAACAAAACGUUCAGCUGAAGAUGAUGAAACGGGUCCAUCUACUAGCAAAAAGGAAAGACUGACACGGGACUUUAAAGAUUUUAGCUCCUGGUAGGGGCAAAGGACCCCAGUUUCCUAUCCACUUGCUCUUGGACUUAAGGUGACCUCUCUGUAUAACUGUAAAUUGGCCCUCUAAUAGCUGGACUUGUUUUGGGAAAAUAUGCGUCUGAAGAUUCUUGGGGAGCUUACACCGACACAUCAGGAUAUAAUAGGCGACUGCAAAAGUAUUUUUGGGAUAAAGAAGAACAGAGCAAUAGGCAUCAGCUUUGAUAUAAGAUGAAGCUUUUUCAGAAACAACAGGGAACAAGAAAAUUGUAGAGCAAAUGAAUUCUAAAGCAGUCAGUGCAAGAAUGGCAACAAGGGUUAACCAGUAAUAGAAUGGACAGGCCAUGAGGCCACAAUGAAUGACAGUGCGUGACCUGUUAUGGAGUGAUAAAGGCUGUGCAAAAAUGACAGGCAGUAGAAUAAUGAAGGUCACAAGAAGAAUGUUUAAAAUGGGGGAAAUGAAUAUGGGACCACAUCAUCUAAUUACAUACCUAUAAGAUUUUAAGUUCCAGUCUGAAACCUGACUAGUGCUAUUACCUGCCUUCAAUGGGUGUGUGCAAGUUUAGGAUUACUAAAAAUAUAAAGAUAUGUAAGCAACAACAUUAAAACCUAUGCCUGAUGUAUUGUAACAUUAUCUCUUGUACUGCCUUCCCCAUUGGUUCAUCUAUGUGAAAUAUUGCCACAGUCCUGCUUAUACAGCUUUUUCUCAUUUUUUAUUGCUUGCCUUAGUUCAACAUUGGCAUAUCCAAGGGAUUAUUUGCAAAUCUUACCAUAUCUAGUAUGCCCUGUAUACUAGUGCUUCAGACUGCACACAGUUCUUUGUAAAAUGAUACAGAAUUAUGGUAAUCAAACAGAUUUUUCUUCCGAGACCCAAAUGCUGCGCUGGGAUAUCUCUGCUGUAUCCAGCAGAGAGGGAAAUGUUAGAGACUUGGCUAUCGCUUGAUUCUCAAGGUCUCUAUAUUUUUUCAAUAAAUUUUAUUUGAGGUUUUCAAGCA